AUGGACAUUCUAGUUCCCUCCUCCUCUUCGCCUUCUGACAUUUCGACAACCCAAAUUUUAUCUUACUGCAUGGAGGCGCAACCUCGAACGGAUGCGAGAUCUUCGCCAACAGUAGCUUCGUCAUCUGAACUAACAGGAGACCAUCUCCAAGAGGAAGAUCUCAACUUAAGGCGACGUACCGCGGCCAGACUCAGCACAGAUUCUGCCACUGAUCCAACUUUACUCGAAAGUCCAGUCGAGCUCGUAUCUCGAGCCCAGACCGCUGAAGAGAUUGUUGAGGUGGUCCCUGCUGCCGUCAGAGUGCCUCGAUCUCAGAGACGGGGACUCUUCGCCCGCGCUACCAUCCUCGCCGAAAUCGAAGACCCUUAUCAGUACUCGUACAAAACAAAAUGGUUUAUCGUCUUCCUCGUGGCUUACGCUGCAGCUGCAGCUCCCAUGGGAAGCGCAGUCGCAACCGAACUUCAUACCACACCCACGGUUGUCAACCUGACAAUCGCAUUGUAUAUGCUUGCUUUGGCCAUCGCUCCUCUGUGGUGGUCGUCCCUCUCAGAGCAGUUUGGUCGGCGCAGUAUUUACCUCAUAUCGUUUAUACUUUUCAUCGUUUUUGCCAUCCUGUCUGCGGAGUCUACAUCAAUUGUUAUGCUUACUGUCAUGCGAGUGCUAAGCGGUGGUGCUGCAGCAGCUGUACAGGCAGUGGGCGCUGGUACUGUCUCCGAUAUCUGGAAGCCAAUAGAAAAAGGUCAGGCGGUGGGUUUCUUCUACCUAGGUCCACUGUGUGGUCCACUCUUUGCUCCAGUUAUAGGUGGUGCAUUGUCGCAGAAAUGGCGUUGGCGGGCACCUAUGUGGUUUCUUGCUAUAUAUGGGGGGACAACCUUCUUGCUUAUUCUGUUAGCUCUUCCAGAGACAUUGAAGAAGACGAAGACCACAGCUGGAGUAGUUGGGGAACAAGAAAGCGGUCCCCUACCAUCAGACUCGCCUCCUUCGGCCUUGAGCCGGACUUCGACACGUGAAGUUGUGCAUAGCCGAGCUACACAAUGCAUUAGAACCCUGCGCAUCUGCUUCGUCGAUCCACUGAAGAGUAUCUUGUACCUGCGGUUUCCUGCCGUUUUUCUCACUGUAUACUACGCAAGCAUCACCUUUGCAGCGCUAUAUGUCCUCAACAUUAGUAUUCAAGCUACCUUUGAGAAACCACCAUACAGCUUUUCAACAUUGGUAAUUGGAUUUCUAUACGUUCCAGCCUCCCUAGGCUACGUCAUCGCAAGCAUAGGGGGAGGCAAGUGGAUGGAUCGCAUCAUGGCUCGAGAAGCUAGAAAGGACGGGAGAUACGACGAAGCAGGGCUCCCAAUCUACCGUCCCGAAGAUCGUAUGCGAGAAAAUGCAUGGCUUGGAGCCAUAGUCUAUCCACUCUCUUUGAUUGUUUACGGCUGGACUGCAGAAAAGGGAACCCACUGGAUAUUUCCCAUGAUCGCUUUAUUUUUCUUUGGCCUUGGCUCCAUGAUUAUCUUCUCUCUAGCAACCACUAUGCUUACUGAAUUUUUGCCCAGAAAGAGCUCUGCCGGGGUUGCCAUCAACGUCCUCUUGAGAAAUUCAUUCUCGGUCGUUGCAACCAUUGUGGCGGCUCCUCUCAUCACGCGCUUCUGUGGUGUGGUCGAUGAAGCACUAUGGACCACGAUGGCGCGUCGCGAUGGACAAAAUGGCCAGCACCUGAAGGGAGGCUCCCAAAGGCGGGCCCGAUACGAGAGUUUGUCAUAUGAUUUGCCUAGAAUGCGCUGA